CACACACACACACACACACACACACACACAGUCGUCCUCCAGAGGUGCAGCAGCAGCCCGCACACCACCACACUGUUUCUAUGUAUGUGCCCCGGCACAGUGCAGACAGAGGUUGUAAACAUGGCGGCGGACGGGAUGGUGCUUACUAACCACGACCAUCAGACCCGAGUGGGGAUUUUGACGGUCAGUGACAGCUGUUUCAAUAACUUGGCUGAGGACAGGAGUGGAGUCAACCUGAAAGACCUGGUCCAUGAUCCCUCACUGCUGGGAGGAGUCAUAGCAGCCUACAAGAUUGUUCCAGAUGAGAUUGAUGAAAUCAAGGACACUCUUUUGGAGUGGUGUGAUGAACAGCAGCUGAAUCUCGUUCUCACUACUGGAGGAACUGGCUUUGCACCACGAGAUGUUACACCUGAGGCCACCAGAGAGGUGAUAGAGCGAGAGGCUCCGGGUAUGGCUCUCGCCAUGCUGAUGGGAUCACUCAACGUUACACCACUAGGCAUGCUGUCCAGGCCAGUGUGUGGUAUCCGUGGUAAAACUCUGAUCAUCAACCUGCCAGGGAGCAAGAAGGGCUCUCAGGAGUGUUUUCAGUUCAUCCUGCCCGCUCUGCCCCACGCCAUUGACCUGCUGCGUGAAGCCGCGGUCAGGGUUAAAUCCACACAUGCCGCCCUGGAGCAGCUGCCCUCCCCUUCCCCUCUGCUGGCCAACAUGCACAUCGACACAAACGCCAACAUGCACACCAUGGAGCGCGGCACCCAGUGCGAGGAAGAGGAGGACGAGGAGGAGGAAGAGGACAGGAGGAGAGUUCGACAUGCGCACAACCACCACCACCACCACCAUCACCAGCAUGGUACCUCCCACAUCACCGCAGCUGCUAUCGCUGCCAAGACAAGCCAUGCUGUGGUCAUGGCUAAGGGGGGUCCCUACUUUGCCGGCAACACACCUGACCCGCCCACUCAUUUCACCUGUUCCUGUACUCAUGACCAGCAGAUCCCGGACUCUAUCAUUUCCCGAGGCGUUCAGGUGCUUCCUCGAGAUUCAGCCUCUUUAAGCUCCACCCCUUCCGAGUCACCACGGGCCACACAGGCGACCUCCCGUCUUUCCACCGCCUCAUGCCCGACACCCAAGGUUCAGUCACGAUGUGGCAGUAAUGAGAACAUUCUGAGAGCCAGCCACAGUGCGGUGGACAUCAGUAAAGUGGCACGUCGUCAUCGCAUGUCUCCGUUCCCAUUGACUUCAAUGGACAAAGCCUUCAUCACUGUUCUAGAGAUGACACCUAUUCUUGGAAUUGAAGUCAUUAACUACAGAGAUGGUUUCGGUCGAGUGCUCGCUCAGGACAUCUAUGCCAAAGACAACCUUCCUCCGUUCCCUGCUUCCGUUAAAGAUGGCUACGCUGUACGAGCUGCUGACGGCCCGGGAGAUCGCUUCAUCAUGGGAGAAUCACAGGCCGGACAACAGCCCACUCAUACAGUGAUGCCAGGUCAGGUGAUGAGGGUGACGACCGGGGCUCCGAUUCCUUGUGGAGCCGACGCUGUGGUCCAGAUAGAAGAUACAGAACUUCUGAGGGAGUCUGAGGAUGGCACAGAGGAGCUGGAGGUGAGGAUCAUGGUCCAGGCCCGGCCCGGACAGGACAUCAGGCCAAUAGGCCAUGACAUCAGGCGAGGGGAGUGUGUGUUGGCUAAAGGAACACAUAUGGGCCCGUCAGAGAUCGGCCUGCUGGCUACAGUGGGAGUGACUGAGGUCAGCGUGCACAAGUUCCCUGUGGUGGCUGUCAUGUCCACUGGAAACGAGCUGUUGAAUCCAGAGGAUGACCUCCACCCAGGGAAAAUACGUGACUCCAACCGCUCCACCCUGCUGUCCACCAUCCAGGAACAUGGAUAUCCCACCAUCAACCUGGGCAUCGUUGGAGACAACCCUGAUGACUUGCUGUCCGCGCUCCACGAGGGAAUCAGUCGUGCCGACGUCAUCAUCACUUCGGGCGGUGUGUCCAUGGGAGAGAAGGACUACCUAAAGCAGGUGCUGGAUAUUGACCUUCAUGCUCAGAUCCACUUUGGACGAGUCUUUAUGAAGCCAGGUCUUCCUACUACAUUUGCCACAGUUGACAUUGAUGGAAUACGGAAACUCAUCUUUGCUCUGCCAGGUAACCCAGUGUCUGCAGUGGUGACAUGUAACCUGUUUGUGAUUCCUGCUCUGAGGAAGAUGCAAGGCAUUCUGGACCCUAGACCUACAAUUAUUAAAGCUAGGCUUUCCUGUGACGUGAAGCUGGAUCCCAGGCCAGAGUACCACCGCUGUAUUCUCACCUGGCAUCACCAGGAGCCACUGCCCUGGGCACAGAGCACAGGCAACCAGGUAUCCAGCAGGCUAAUGUCAAUGCGUAGCGCUAACGGUCUGCUGAUGUUACCUCCCAAAACAGAGCAGUACGUGGAACUGCAUAAGGGAGAGGUUGUGGACGUCAUGGUCAUCGGACGGCUAUGAUGCAGACUUCAAUGUCACUCGCUACCGAUUACCGUGGCAGUGCCAGGACUUCCUGUCUGGACAGGAAACGGGCGGGGGCAGGAAGCGAUGCAUGUCCACCUGGUCGCCAUUAGCUGUGAUGUCAUAUGCAACAGCCAAUCGGAGCCAGCGGAGGCUGAAACCUCAUUGGUCUGCUCUGAGGAGAUCACUGUAUUUCAAUGGAGAAAAAAUGUGAAAAAAAAUAUCAAAUAUGAGAUUUAUUCUGUAAUAAUAUUAUUAUUAUCCUGAUGAUAAUGAUUAUUAAUAUUCUAUUUAUUAUUAUUAUUACCAUGGUUCUGAUUGAAUAUUCUCAUCUUAGUAGUACUCAUGCCCUCUUCUCUCCUGUUCAUUUGCUUUGUGCGUUUGAGAUUCUUCCCUGGUAGAUAUAGAGACCUUCCUCCAAUCCUCCUGACCUUUUUAUUUUCCGUUUUUCUCCCUCUUCUUUCUCUCUUCUUCUUUUCUGCUCUAGCAUCCUCUACCCAGAUAUAGAAACUCCUUGAUAACCCUUCCCUGCAGUAUCACUACAUCUCCCCCUUGAACACACUGACCUUAACAUCAGUAUUGACAGAAAUAUGAACUAUAUGCUUAUAAAGACAUCUUUUGAUUAAAGCUGCUGAUAUAGUUUGUGCCAGUACAGUAUAUAUAUAUAUAUAUAUAUAUAUAUAUAU